UCAUGGAAGCUGGGUAGCAACCCAACACAACCUUCUGUAAAAAUAAAGUCGUGAGAUGGGUGUGUUGGCCUAAAGCAUGGCAGGGCGUCUCAGUAAUUUCCUAGACAACAUGUAAAGCAAGGGCACUUUUCAACUCUGACUUGACAACAUGAAUGACAUUAUGGAAGAACAAGAAAGGGAUACUCUUCUGGUCGUCCCCGAGUCUCAAGUUAUGCCUGACACGGGCAGCAGUAGACCCAGGGUACCAGAAGUGGGUAUCCGGCCCGUCGAGAAGAGAGGGCCCUACAUCAUGUCCAAAGCCCCGGCCAUCCACAUGAAACUGCAGAAGCACAGAGAGAUGGCCAGGAAAGCCCUAAAGAAGAAAGGCUUCACCUCCGCAGGGCCGGUUAUGCAGCAGCCCAGGCAUGGAGUCAAAAAAAGUGUCAAGUUCAACAAGGGCUACGCGGCCCUGAGCCAGCAUGCAGACGAGACCCUGGUGUCUUUGGACUCUGACAGUGACGUGGAGUUGGAGUCCCAGUACUCGUCUGGGUAUUCUUCUGCCGAGGUGCACCCCGAUCUGAAUCAGCAGCUCCUGAAGGACGGCUACCACCUGGACGAGAUGCCCGAUGACGAGGACCUGGACCUCAUCCCCCCCAAGCCCAUGGGUUCGUCGAUGUGCUGCUGUGCAGACACCCCCUCCUGCUCCGUGCAGUGACCGGACCUCAGGCCCACCCCCUUCACCGUUGACCUCCGUGGCGUAGUCCCAUGAGAGGCCAGCAGGGGGCCACGUUACACCACCACCACCACAGACCUUACGGCCACCCAUGGCACGGGGCAGAAAUGGGAGCACAUUUGACCAGCUGUCUAACAGCACGAGCCCCCUGUCUCUACGGCCAUAGGUGGCCAGGCUCUUUCUCUCUCUCUGCUCGCUCAGUGUGUAGGGUGACAGAGUCACAAGGGAGGCCACUGCAAUGCAGUUGACUUGAGCGUGUAUGUUAAUGUUAUACGGGGGACCCAAAACUUUUAAGCGUGUGGGCUUUUUUUUUUCCUUAAAUAGUGUUACUAUUCCUUUAAGCUGCAGUGAAAACCAAACAUUGCCCCGUGUGUGUGUGUGUGUGUGUGUGUGUGUGUGUGUGUGUGUGUGUGUGUGUGUGUGUGUGUGUGUGUGUGUGUGUGUGUGUCUGUGUGUCUGUGUGUCUGUGUGUCUGUGUGUCUGUGUGUCUGUGUGUCUGUGUGUCUGUGUGUCUGUGUGUCUGUGUGUGUGUGUGCGCGUGCGCGCGCGUGUGUGCGUGUGUGCGCCCUGGAGUGCCAUGUGAUGGUGCUAACACAGCCCAGUGGAAAUUCCAUACAUCAAUGUUACGAUUUUGGCCUUUAUAGUUCUUUUUAAUUUAUUCCUUUCUCUAUAAAAGUUAUGGUCACUAAAUUGACGCUUUUUUUUGGAGGACAGCCCCUCUUGAGGCAUUCCCAAAAAGUGUCAAUAUCCUACGAACACGUGUCAGCUCUAUCUACCAUAGAGCUCCCGUCCUUGCUCUUGCACAUGUACUCUUAUUGCUUGUUUUUUAUUUUUUAUUUUAGUUUUUAAACAAGCUUUAACAUUGGUCAGGAAGUUCUUGGUGUUUCCCACCAAGAAAUUAAGGGAUUUGAGAGGGUCUGUUCCUCUUCAUACAAAGGCUUUAAUGGCUAUGUUGUUACCUGGUCACACAGAUCCUUAUUGUGUGUGUGAAGACACACACUUACUGUAUGUCAGCACUUAUCUGAACAUUUGUUCGCAGAAUGGUGAAGCCAUUCAGAGACAAAGAAGGUCAUUGUGAAGUGGUGACUGUGUUGAUCGUCUGUUGCAUUGUUGGUGGUUUGCGUUGGUGAGUGUGAGUAGGCUGCUGAUACUGGCGAGUCCUCGUUCUGAUUAGAGAACUGGUUUUCGGACAGAACAGAGGAACCGUCAAAUCGGUACACUCAACUUCUGGUUGGUAAAAUGUUGCAGCCAGUAGAAUUUUUAUAUUUGAAUGAGUUAUCCUCAGAGAAAUUCUAAGGUUAUGUCACUACGAUUAGUAUCUAUACAGCAGAUACAAGCUUUUAUUUGGACUUUUCUUGCCUCGUUUUAUUUUUGUGUGAUUGUUUUACUCACACUGCUUAAACAAAACCAGUGUUUUGUGAAUACUGUGAUGUCACUUUCGGUUUCAGAGGAGCUAGCGGUCCUUGUUAAGUUUCGAUCACACUUUGAACAUCCUCUGAAAGAAAGAAGGCGAGAAAAAAUUAACGUUGCUUGACACCAGCCUCGCACCUCACGCUGCCUCCUAUAGCUUAAAUGAUAAUUAUUAUAAAAAACUGUCUGUCACAAAGCUGCCAAAGUCAUGAGAGAAUUGUAAUGAUAAGGAAGCAGGAAGUACUCGGUAUUGAGUAUGUGUAAUGAAAUACAGAAUGCGGCAAGUCUUGUCUUGCCUGCUAUACAAGGCACACUAUCACAACAUCCACUGCUAUGUUAUUUCACUGAUGACAAAAGACCAUUUAGUGAACUUAGGGAUUCGUUUGAGAACUGAGAGCUUGAUGGCUUGGCAUUGUACAUAUAUAUAGAUACAUAAUGUCUGCACUCAGCUGCCUAUGUUGAGAGGAUUCCGCUCACUGCUCUGGCCUGGAAUAGCUAUGCAAACUCACGGGACAGUUUUGUUUCUUUAUGUAUUACCGAAAAUAUACCAACUCCAAGUGCGAAAUGCAAUAACUUGGAAUACUAUUGUUUUGAGCUAGACCACACUAAUCUUUGUAUUUAAUUAUGAAUAUUGUUUUUGUUAUGAUAAAUAAACACAUAAUUAUGUUUA